GGCAGUGUGUUUACUUCCGGCCACCCUGGGAGCGAGAGCGAGGAGAGUGUGUGUCGCUCGCGCACUGAGGCUGGUUGGCUGAGGGCACCCGGCGGGCGCUGCCUUGGGGGCAGGAACGCAGCGGAGCCGCCCGGAGGAGAAGAAGGAAGAAGACGAGGAGGAGGAAAAAGAAGUCAAGUCUAAGGAAGAGCGAGCGAGCGCAAGGCAGGAGAAGGUCCGGUCUGGGACAGGCACCCAUGAGCCGCCUCGGAGGCCGGAGCGGGCGGUGAGAGGAGAGGAGCUCAAGCGGGGACGCAGCCGGAGCCGCCUGCUCGCUCGCCCGGCCCAGCACCGCGGCAGCGCAAAGCAGCAGGCGGCGUCAUGGACUGGCUCAUGGGGAAAUCCAAGGGAAAACCAAAUGGUAAAAAGCCAGCACCAGAAGAAAAGAAACUCUACCUAGAGCCAGAAUAUACAAAGUCAAGGAUUACUGACUUUGAAUUUAAAGAGUUAGUCAUGUUACCACAUGAAAUAGACCUUAAUGAGUGGCUAGCUAGCAACACAACGACCUUUUUCCACCAUAUCAAUUUACAAUAUAGUACCAUCUCAGAAUUUUGUACAGGAGACACAUGUCAGACCAUGGCAGUGUGCAAUACACAAUACUACUGGUAUGAUGAGCGGGGAAAGAAAAUCAAGUGCACCGCUCCUCAGUAUGUUGACUUCGUCAUGAGUUCAGUGCAGAAGCUAGUGACAGAUGAGGAUGUCUUUCCUACAAAAUACGGCAAGGAAUUCCCCAACUCCUUUGAGUCUCUAGUGAAGAAGAUUUGCAAGUACCUGUUUCAUGUGCUAGCCCACAUCUAUUCCUCACACUUCAAGGAAACAUUGGCACUGGAGCUGCAUGGACAUUUGAACACGCUCUACAUACACUUCAUCCUAUUCAUCAGGGAAUUCAAUCUGGUGGACCCUAAAGAAACCACCAUCAUGGACGACCUCACAGAGGUCCUCUGUAGCAGCACCGGGAGCAGCAGUAAUGGGAGUGGCAAUGGCAGUGGUGGCAGCAGCAGUGGCACAGGAGCACAGAACCAUGUGAAGGAGAGAUGAGUCUUCCCAACAGGAGCAAAACUUAAUGCUAACUUUUUUUAAAAAAAUACUCUAUAUUCUCUAUGUGUAUGUGUAUGUAUAUGUGCAUAUGUAUAUAUAUACAGACAUACACAGCCAUGACAGAUUAAGCAAUUAUGCUGCCACCACAGGACAUGUAGACGUAUGGGACUGUAUGGAGCUUUUGUUAAAUGCAUCAUCCUUGGCAAGAAGUUGCACCAGUUCUGUUUUAUUUUUUUCCCCUGCUCCAUUCUUACAUUUUCUUCCCUAUCAGAUGGAUGAUGAGUGCUGUUUUUAGAGAAGAACCACAUUUUUUUGCAUUGGGCAACUGCUUCUUCUUUUUGUUCUGCCCACUUCCCUCCCCCUUGCAGGGAGUCCUUGAAUGCAAGCCCCUUUUGUAUGUGUGUGUCUGUCUCUGUCUCUCUCUAGGAUGGUGGUACUGCCAUUUUAUAAAUAUUACAAGUUACUUUUACUUAUAAAGUGGCUUAACAUGCAGAUAUUUUGUUUUUGCGAGGAGAGGGCUUGAGAUCUGUCUUUCUGUUUACUUAAAUGAACCCUUCCCCUUCCCCUAGACCUUCUGCAUCUAGCCCUUUGCUGGCUUGUAAUGGGAAGAAAUGUUUUGACUCAACUAGAGUAGCAAUAAAGCUUCCAGCGCACUUAAUAAAUGUGGCUCACCAGUCUACCUGGUGUCAUCAGCAUAUGAAUCUUGAAAGAGCAUUUACAAACGUGUUGCUUAUUGCUUCUGGUUUCACUGCCCAACCCCUGGGUUCUCCUUUCUCAGACAUAAGUAUCAGAAUUAAAAUAGUGAGGGGAUUAAGUCUAAGCCCAGUGGUAAAAGUCAUGACCAUUUCUUUUGUGUUGAACAAGGGAGCUUGGGGCAGAAUGGAAAGGGGCACACAGUGUAUCACCACCUGUGCUAGACAGAUGGCUGUUGGCAUAUAAUUAUAUUGUUGGCUUAUUUUAGUUCCUCUGUCCAAUAACAAUAAAAAAACUUCUAUCAGGUAUAA